AUGUUGGUGGAGGUCUGCAAUAUUAUUUUCUGGAUGCUUAACAUUCAAGUGGAAAUGGGCCUCUCUCCGACCAAUUACACUGGAUGGGGUCCUCGAUUUCUACAAGAAGCCAUCACCCUGCCAGUGGUUAGCAAAGCCGAACAAGAUCUCAGUCACAUGGACAUCUGCAAGACGCAGAUCUGGAACUUGAUCGGGACAUCAGAGCGGAAAGAAUGUGACCUCCCAGACAUCGUGACGACUUUGGAAGUCCUUUCAUCCAUCCGUCACCCUAACCACCAUCACUGUACACCGGCCAUGUGCAUGGUUCAAAGGCUCAGCAGUACUCAUCUGAAGCAACAGUGUAAAUGCUUCCAAGAAAAUUGCGAGCAGCUGACGAUUGUGAUUGGGCCUCUCUCAAAUGCAGUCCGCUCAGGUACGCCGACGGCAUGGUUACUUGAUGGAACUCGGCUCACCCGGCGUGACGAGCCAUACCUAGCUCUCUCCCAUGUGUGGUCAGACGGCACUGGUGACGGGACGAAGCAACAAGGCACCGUGAACAGAUGCCUUUUCAAGUACUUUGCUAGAAUCGCUGCUAGAUUGAAGUGUACUGGCAUCUGGUGGGACACACUCUCGCUGCCCAAGGACGAGGAUGUGAGGAGCGAAGCUCUUAAAAGCAUGCAUACCAAUUACGCUCAAGCCGAGUGCACGGUGGUUCACAACGACUUUCUUCUCAACCAAGAGUUCAAGAACAGUGAAAACGCCUGUCUCGCCCUUGUCCUAUCCCCAUGGUUCACUCGCGGCUGGACGGCUUUGGAGCUCGCCAUGUCCAAGAAUGUCAAGGUACUAUUCAAGGGAUCUACCUCCAAUGACCCAGACAUUAGAGAUCUCAGCAACGAGAUCCUGGCCAGCGGACCGGCCACUGUCUCACGUGCGCACUGGCUAGCCACCUGUGCAAUCAAGCGAAUUAUUCGUAUCAACGAUCUGACCGAAGUCAUCGCGAUUCUCAGUCAAAGAUACACUUCGUGGGAGGAAGACCGUGUCAAGAUCGCGUCUCUGCUGGCGGGUGUGGGCGAACCUGAUUUCCGCGGUACCGCCAGCGAGAUUACGCAGAGACUAAUUCACCACUUCGGCCGUGUUCCAUACUCGGUCGUUCUUCAUGACCAUCCUACCAUGACGGAAGCCGGUGGCUUUUCCUGGUGUCCGCCUCGUGUAGAUGAGAUGCCGAUCGAUGUCCGACGCGAUCUCGACCUUGAUGACGACGAAGAGGGCGAUCUCACCGUCGAGCCUGACGGAUCCGUCACCGGCAUAUGGCUGACCCGACCAGUGAGCAUAAUCGACAUUAUGGAAAAAAGACUUCAACCUCGCAGCAAAGAUCCGGCCGUCAUCCAGAAGAUCCAAACCGCACUGGAGAGCUGGGGCCAAUGCCUCAUCCUCUAUCAGGACGUCCAAUUAGACAGACAAGCCCUGCUGGUCAAAACCAUCGAGGUGAGUCCAGGCGAUGGCGUGAUUGAUUGCCAGUAUGUCGGAGUGAUAGUUGACGCAAAGGCUGAGCCAAAGCACGACAACACCGGCAUUGCGAAUUGGUUGGAUGCAGUCAUGCCGGAUGGCGAAAAGGAGUUGGGAAAUCGGUACUGUCCUUUUCCCAUUCGACUGGGGAAGAAUUUUAGUAUUACUGGCGGAAAUAGAAGAAAAGAGAAGGGGGAUGGGGAUGACGAUGACAGCCAUGCUUGGAAAAUCCUCAAUGAAGCGCAGAAGAUCAGGCUUUGA